GAGAAAUCAUUUAGGUAAAAUAGUUGCAUAUUAUUCAAGGAAGAAAAAUAGUUCAAAUUUUUAGAUGUACAUUAUAUCUCUGCUACUUCAAUUCCAAAACAUAAUAUGUCUGGAAUUAUAUUCAAUGGAAAACAUUACAGAAAUAAAGCCUGACCAGCUGAUGACUGUUUUAACUAAUUUUCCAAAUGAAUACGAGAUAUCGUUUGACUUUAAACCAACCUCAUUUUUGAAAACAUGGGGAAGUAUUAUUCAUUUAACUAUUGGUGGAAACUAUGCUAACUACGGCGAUAGAUCACCAGGAGUAUGGAUUUCGCCAUAUAAUGAUUUAUAUUUUGCGUCAGCUAUAAGUGGUUUGCCUAGUUUCGAGUUUUAUUCAAAAAUAAUUCCACUAAUCAAUGAGUGGAUAAAAGUUAAAAUAUCACAAAUAAAGUUAACAAAUCAGUAUAUAUAUGCAAUUGAUAUAGCAAACAAUAAAGUUUACAGCACGCAAAACACUCUUUCAAAAAAUUUUAGUAAUGUAAAAGUGUAUAUUGGCAAUCCAUGGUAUUCUGCGCAACCUGGAUUUAUUCGAAAUUUAACUAUCGUUGAUAAGUUUUCAGAUAGAUAUAAACAUUAUGAGCCACUUUUCAAAGUUAACAUCUCUGGUCAGCUGAAUAUAAACUUUCUAUUUCUUAACACUACAAUUAGUUAUGCAAGUGAAACAGGAGAUGUUGCUUAUAACUUAACAUGGGAAUACAUGUUACCAUAUUUUUCAAAGAUAUCUACUCAAAGUGACAGUUAUCUGAAUAUGGGCUCUUCUUAUAAAAUUCCUGGUGCAUUUGUGAAAAAAAAAAUAAACCAAUAUGUCAAUAUAACUCUAGACAUGGCAAGCAGCGCAUUGCGAGGUGACUUUACUCUGGAGAUUCCAUUAAAAAUUUUGUAUAAUGACGUUGCUGGAUAUACAAUUAACCAUUACACAUCGUUUAGGACAGUUUUAUCUUCAACUUUUAGUUCAACUCCGAUUAAAAAAAAAGAUAAAAACGCUUUAAAAGAAAGCUAUAGCCGUGGUAUUUAUUGGGAUCAAGUAAAAUCUUGGAUAUAUAUUUGCAUGAAUUUAUAUGUAACAACCCAGCAGACUGCAUGCUAUGUGUCAAAUAACAAUGGCGAAGAAUGGUCAAAACUUGAUAUUCGCGUUGGAUCUGUUCUUGGUCAUCACUUAUUAACAAGAGAUUUGUAUGUUAUACAUCGAAAUCAAAAAACUUACUUAAUGUAUCACAAAAUAUAUAAAAAGUGGUUGGCAAUUCCUAGCAGCGAGUUUGAAAAAAAUGUAAUAAAAAAUUUAAACUUUUCUGCAUGCCUUAAGUUGGAUGGAUUUUAUGAGCAGAUUUUAACAUUUCAAACUCAACAAUGGAUGGGAAACGAUAAAGGAUUAUAUUUUCGUAAAUUUGCAAACGAUACGUGGAUACAACGAAUUCAAUGGAAAGGAUUAUUAUGAACAUAAUAAAUAUUAAAAAAUAGAGUUUUGUUGACAAAAGACAAAAUUAUAAAAUUAGUUUUUCACCGUUUUAUAUUAUUGCUUA